UCAAACCACAUUCACUUCCUUGGGAUGGUGGAGAGACUGGGCAAUAAGCCAACUCUCGCCUGGGACCAGCAAUAGUAUCGACUUGCCCACCACUCUAGAGAGGGUCAGAUUGGUUGGCAGGGUCCCUCGAUCGCAGCGUACGAAAGACCAACAUGGUCAUUCAUCCUCCCGACCCUCUUAAUCUCCCCCUCCAUCCCUUCAUCUACCAAAGACGAGGAUGGAAAAUUCCCCAGAGGCCCAAAGACAUAGACCUAACGCAGAAGAAGAGUCUCUACACAGCCGCAUUGCGUUCGCAAUAAUCCCAUCGUAUUACCAUGUUUUCCAUAGAUUAGCAGUGCCACGCCAUCCUACUCAGGCUGAAGCUUCGCCGGAUAUUCCGCGUGUUCCCAAGCUGUCAGCAUCAGGUGUGCUGCAAGUAUAGCAUGAAUGUUAAUUGUGGAAUGUUUCUAGAUACCCGGGGCUCUGGGUUGGUAGUGUAAGAAAGGCCGUCUGUGAUUGGUGGGCUGCCUGGGUGGAGUAUGAAACAUUCUAUGGGGUAGGCGACCACACCCUUGCAAGGAAGGGAAUGUUACAGAUCCUGAUUGCGUGUUUAUGCGUUACUUGUUAGGCUGAAUCAGUGCGUUGGGUGUAAAAAUAGUGUUCCAUUCUUCGAUUGAUGGAGGAUGCGCAAGUGGAAGGAUCAGGAGAGGAAAGAAGCCAGGUGAGGAAGUAUUUCAAUGAAUUUGCUUGCACUGUUUCAAAUAGCAAAAACUCUGCUUUUCAUUCCUUUCGUUUCAUACGCCCUCUAUUUUUCCUUUCGUCGAAAUCCCGUCUUGCUUUGGUAAAUACAUAUGUACAUUCGUUGAUCUCUACGGCACAUACCACUGCCAUAUUCGCUCUCUUUACUACAAUCCACAUUCAUUACAAAGACACCAUGACGGAGUUAACCAACGUCCCCGGUUUUGCUCCUUACGAUCAGGAUACCGCUCUUUCCAUCCCCCCUCCUGUCGAUAUCGACAUAGCCAAACGAGAUUCAAUUGAAGACACAAAUCCACACAGCAGAGACUCAGGUGUCUUCUUCAACACAGAAGAUGUACCUCGCACGCCUUCAUCACGACUAUCGGCCGCGUCAAUAAAAUCCUCGCUGUCGAUCAAAUCUCCACAGCUGUACCAAAGCGACUCGUCUACUCGUCGCCUGUGUAGACCCGCCGAGAUGAACCUAGGCACUACACCCAACUCUAAAAGACCGAAAUCUGAACUGGAGCUGCGAUUUGAUCUGAUCCGUAAUUCACAAAGCCAGAGCAAAGCGGCUCUUCGCUCGCCUACGCAGCUGCUUAAUGACCGCCUGAAUAUGUCGCCGAAGAAAGCCGGUCUUGAGCGUGUACGUGUCUUUACCCCGCCAAAGCCAAUGCUGAACGGGUGCAUUCUGCCUGGCCCGACAGCACAAAUGGAAGCUUUCAAGGGCUGGUCGGUGCGAGGACACACAGAAAAGAGCAACAGACCCACGUGGUGGUGCAAGUACGAUAAGGUGGUCGUAUUCGAUGGCGCGGAGGAAGUUGAAGGAGAAGAGGUGAAAUUCAAGGUUCGCACGAGCAAGGGAUUGACUAUCGCGCGGCGACGCGGCGAUACUGAGACUGUGGUGAUUCCUAUGAAUUGCAACCAUUGCCAGGAAAUGCUGAACAGAAGUGAAUGGAAGUAUGAUGUGCAGGUCUGCAAGAGAACUGUAUGCUGGGAUUGUAAAGAAAGGUGUAAAUGGGAGCUAGAGCAAGAGAAGAACACAGAGGAAAGCAAGAGUCAGGGUGAUGAUAAGACAGAGGUGAACAGAACAAGAGCUGACAGUGUGCUUGAAGAUGAGCCAGUACAGGAAGAUUUGAUGACCAAGAUUGGAAUCAUGUCUCCACCAAAGACACCGAUUGGGAAUGUUGGGGGCAUCGAAGAGAGAAUGGGGCAGGUAGAAUCGAUAUAA